AUGGCGCGCAUGGUCACCUCCCCAUGUCCAAAAGACGACCCUACUACCACAAACUCAAAGGACGCCGUUAACCAGAAAAAAGCCCGUCACACGAGCCUAGGUACCAGUCAGGACACGUUCAAGCCUAUCGCACCUCCAGGACAAUCGACUGAUGUAGCGACUGAGGACUUCGAAAUCGUGUCCGCACUGAAGCUCAUAGCCGUCUCAGUGACUGAGCAGCGCUCACUCGUCGCCAAAUCCCUCAUUCUCCACCCUAUCACCCUAAUUCUGGUAGCGGUGGGUUUCGCUUACAGUGUCGGCGCCAUUUACCAUGACCCAUCUGGCUGGCCCUACGUUGCUGUUAUCUAUGCAACAGCGGUAUCGGCUACUUUGGGCAUUGUCACACGCUUGGUUGGGGAAUAUGACAACGAGGCUGAGAAGGUUGGAACACUGAACUGGUUGUACGGGCACGAUCCUUGCAAAGAAGUCGAUCCUACCACGACCCAGGAAGACCCCGCAUUCAACUCAGAUAACGGAGUUACGUUUGUACUUGUUCAUCGAUUCGGGGGCUGCAUUGUCGGCACGCUUAUUAUAAGCAUCGUAUACAUCGGCAUUCAGCUCCAUCCAACAACCAACGGGACGACUCUCCCAACGGGCGAAAACUACGAUGCCUUUAUCCGUGCAUGGACAGUACAACAAGGUUUCCGUGGCUACGGCGUUGGCGCUGCGCUCCUCAACGAAGCUGCCAUGAUCUGCCAUGAGCAUAAGUGGAAAGGACUCCGGUUCGCGAAUUCUCAUGCCAACUCGCUUCGCGUCUUUCCCUGCAUCUUUCAUCGGGACAUGGAUCAGGCAUCGGAUAUGUGGAGCUCAUAUCUGCGCAAGCGGGCUGAAGCUAAUCGUCAAUCCCGUGUUGUUCUGGAGACUCGACUCCUUGAUGCGGCGCUGGAUACGAGUGAUAGCCAGGGUCAAAUAAUUGAUAUCCAGAUGCGGUUGGUUUGUAUCCAGGCGAAGCUAGAGGAGCUGAUCCGGAGUUACUUCAAUGUACGCCUUGAAAAAGCAGUGGAGGCUCAGACUCGAUGGAGAAAAAGAUCGUAA